ACAUGAACUUUUCAUGUCACAACACGAACUCAUCAUUGGACAUACUUUACUUCAGUCUGUCUCAACGUCUGCUACGAGAAGGUCAAUUGUUAUUUUUAAUCGUUUUAAAGUCAAUUAUUAUUUUAAUCGUUUUAAUAGGUGUUUAAGAGUUACAAAUUUGUUUUAUAUUCGAGAUGCUUUUUAACAAUGGUAAAGAGUUGUGCUGCGUACAACUGUACUUCGAGAUGGAGUAAAGGCUGCAACACUUCUUUUCACAACUUUCCGUUGGAUGAUGACAAACUUUUAAAAAAAUGGAUUAUUGCAUUGAAAAGAAAGAAAUUCAAACCAACAAAACAUACUGUUCUGUGUGGUAAACAUUUCAAAGAAGACGAUUUUCAUUUAGUUUUUACCAAACACAACUAAGAAAAGACUAAAAAAUGAAGCAAUUCCGACAUUGUUUGACUUUCCAUCAAAUAUCCAACCACCGCCAAAAAAACAGAGGAGGGUUGUCAUCAAAAAGAAGUUACCCGUACCUAUUCAGCCACCUAGUGCAGAUCUUCGAUUUGAAGCCAACACGUCUAUGUCAUCGGUUCUGCUGCUGCCGUUGGAACACGACCAGUCAGUUUCCACACCAAACGAGCAAAAAUCAACAGUUGGCCUACAUCAAACACCGGAUAAGCGGAAAACUGCAUCACCAUCCACAUCUCUAUCUCCCAGAAAAGUGCUAUUGCGCCGGAAGGUUAAAGCUCUAAAGCAAAAAUUAAAAAGAAGGGACUGUAAAUUAAGGUCAAUGAAAGAAUUGAUUUCAAAUUUGAAAAACAAAUUUAAAGCACCAGAUUCGUUAAUCGAAAUUGUAGAAAACAACUUUACAGGGUUGCCUUUCGAGUUAUUGUUGAGUAGCCUGAAAAACAAAGGAAAAAGUAAAAACAAACAUACUUUCACAGAAAGUGUUAAGGAGUUUGCCUUAACACUAUAUUUUUAUUCACCAAAAGCUUAUAGAUACUUGCGGGCUUCAAAUUUAAUUUUACCACAUCCUGCCACAUUAAGAAAAUGGAUUUCAAAAUUUAAUUGUUGUCCAGGGUUUUUGGAGGAGGUAUUCAUGUAUUUAAGACAUAAUGUUAAGGAACAGGAGCACCUAAGAAAUGUAAGUUUGGUAUUCGAUUCCAUGAGCAUUAGAAAGCAGAUAGUUUAUGACGAGCAACUAGGGAAAAAUGUAGGAUAUGUAGAUGUUGGAGGAUUCAAAAUAGACAACAACGAGGAGAUUGCUACAGAAGCUUUAGUAUUUCAAAUUGUUUCUUUGAGAGGCCACUUUAAAUGUAUCGUAGGGUAUUUUUAUGUAAAUAAAACUUCAUCAGUUUUUCUGUCGCAGCUAAUUAAAAGUGGC